GUACCAGUGACAAAUGUGAUUAAUAUAAUAUCUAUCUUGUGUAUUAGUGUAUCCUCUGUCAGGAAGAAUCUCAUUUAAUGGUUCAUAAUAAAUAGACUAGAUAAAGUUUUGAUUUUGUUGCAAUUUGAGUGACAUUCUGAGCAUUGCCACCAUGGGACUGGAAGAUGAUGCUGACGGAGAUGACCAGGUGGCGGUCAUCAUGAAGGGAGAGACAUAUCGGCUUGCGGCUCUGAAGCACAGUGAGCAUCAUGACGUUGAAGGCAAACUCUAUGACAAGCUCUGCAGCAGAACCAGCACCAAAAAUCUGUCUCGAAAUGAAGUCAGAAAACUUGCCUUGACUGUGGCCAAAGAAGUUAACGAUGAUAAAUUUGACGCAACUGUGAACUGGCUGGAUGACUUCAUGCGGCGCUUCUGCUUGUCAACCAGGAAAUCAAAUUCACUUGGCAAGCAGAUUGCAAAACUCAAAAUCAAGGGCAAGCAAGGUUUGGUUGCUGCAAAGAGCAAGGGUGCAAGCAAAGCAAAUGGAGCAGCAAAAGCUACAACCACUGCUUCUUCUGAGCCUCAAGACUCCAGCCUCAGUUCAGACAAGAACAAUGAUACUCAGAAAAAUACUGAUUCCAAAGCUCAUCAAAAUGAGACACCCGUUGCAUCUAGAGUUUGUGAUAAGACAACCAAAAAUAACUCGUGUGAACUCUCAGUGAAGGAAACGGACAAAACUGACACAGCCAAUUCAAAUAAACAGAGUUCAUCUGAAGUGGUGACUGAUGCUAAGCAUUGUGAUGAAUCUGAUUCUGAUGAUGAUAUUGUGAAUUCUUCUUUAGUGAACGAUGAUGAAGAAGCCAAAAUAAAUAAACCUCAAUCUUUUAAGUCUAAUAAAAGUAUUAAAAGUAUUGGCCCUAAAAUAAAAGGAAGAAGAAAUGCUGAUAUUAUAGAAAAUGGCAUUCACAAGCCCAAAAAACUUGAUCACCAGGUGAUUGAGAAUAAAAAAAGAGACUCGUCGGUUGUCAGCCUUGACACUGACCAAGAAAAAUCUGUGGUGGAGGACUGUGCCAGUGUCACGAGUGCCUUACCUGACAUAGACUUGAAUGAUAUUGACAUACCAUUAGCAACUAACUCUGAAGGCUCGUUACCACUAAUGGACGCGAGUGAAGUAGUUCCUAUUUCUGAAUCACCAUCCCUCUUGGAAGAUGCGGGGAAUGACACAGUAGACUUGGACACUACUGAUGGCGACCCUGGUUUAACGCUAGCCAUGGCAGCUAUUGCCAGCAGUGGCUGUGAUGAACCGAAGCCUGCUGCUGGUGGUGGCAUUAGACUGCGAAAUCUCAGCGAUCUUCUUUGUACGCCUGAGAAAGAAAAAAUUGCCAACGACUCUGGGCGGGACAGAGGAAAAGACAUGGGAACACUUCUACUAGAAGCAGUUGACUUGCCCGAGAAAAAAGUACCGGGUCGAAGUACACUGAUGACACUUUUUCGCACCAAAGGUAAAGAAGACUCUAACUCGAACAAGGAAAAUUCUAAUUCCAAAGCUACUUCAAAAGAAAGCAGCUUAGAAGUGUAUGAAAAGAGUAAAAGUGUAGCAAAACCUGAAGAUGAAGGCUCCAAAAAAAUUUCAGCCAAAAAGAAGAAUUUCAAUUUCAGUGAUUACACCGAGAAAAGCAAGGAGAAGGGACGUGACAAUUAUGACAAGGAUAGUGACAGUGAGAAGGCUGAGUCUGAGGAGACCACCACCGUCUCAGACAGCGACGAUGACGACGAUGAAGAAGAAGAAGAAGAUGAUGAAGGUUCUGUUCCUGUAGAUGACAAAUCCGAUGCAGAAUCAGGUAAAGCGUCCUCAGAGGCUGAGGAUGACCUCAUAGAAGCCAAAUGUGAUGACGGAGACGUUGAGUCGGCCAAGUGGGAGGCUGAAAACGCCGUCACGUACACCAAGAAGGAAGACAAACUUUUUGAGAGGCAGUCCAAAGAGCUGCUGGAAAAGAUGCAAACCUGCCUACCGCGAUGUACAGGCUGCAAUGAACAAGUCAACCACAAGAUGCCUGCCCUAGUCUUCACCCAUCCCAUCCUCGGAGUCCUUCUCUGCAAGCGUUGCCGUAAAUUUUACGGUAAGGGGACCUGGAAGAAAGACAAAGAAGGUCUGGAUGAGUACUGCAGGUGGUGUGCCAACGGGGGCGACCUCAUGCUGUGCGACUUCUGCACCAACGGCUUCUGCAAGCCUUGUUUGCGGCGCAACUUUGGGCGCUCGGCUAUUAGGGACGUGGGGCGUAAUAAGAAGUGGGAGUGCUAUGUGUGUAACAUGAAGCCCCUCACCGACCUCAGGCUGCAGCAUCGAGCUGUCCUACUAAAUCUUAGGAACUGCACUGAACAAGCGCUGGCGAAAUCCAGAACGGAACGCGCAAAAACUAAUUUAGACAACAAGUUUGCUGUACUGAAAGCAAAGCGAAGUGAGAAGAAUCUUGCAACUCCUUCGACGGAAGAAAAUAAUGACAAAAGUUCCUCUUCAAAAGUCGAAACUUCUCAUGAACCUGAGACUGUGAACGAUCCAGCUAGUGCAGAAGCUACAGAAACCUCCUCAGAGGACUCUGCACCGUGGCUCAGCACCAGCCUCAAGGACCUGAAGGACAUGCUUGACAUGUGUUCCUCUCAGGUUGGUCGCGUGCAGACCAAGUGGCUUCAAGAUGCCAAGUCCGCUUCAGAUUCAACCAGACUCCAAUGCUCCCGGAGGCUCCUCCGUCUAAUGCGCGCCAUGAGUGACAACUUCGUGGCUGUAGAGAACAAGUUUCUGGCCAAUUGUGGCAAGGAUAGGGACGAGCUUGUGCAGGUUCUGCUAGGCUUGGAGUCGGAGCAGCGCGAUGUUGAAACCAAAUAUAAAGACGUUGAGGAUACGGCCCAGAAACCGGUGCCUCAAUCUGCUGAUGCUGACAUGCAGGAAGGCGAUGAAGACCCUGGUCUUGGAAAUGUAUUGGAUGACGAUUCCCUUAGCACUAAGGAGAAACACUCAGAAGAGAAAAUGGAAAUUCUUGAAGAUGUGCCUCCCAAAACUGAAACCUCUGAUAAACGCUCGACAAAAGUGAAGACGCCUAAGAAGCCCGAAACUCGUCAUAGUGAUCCUUCUGAAUCAGAGCCCGAGAUACCCAAAAGGGUUCUCAGAAAUCGUGUAGAGAUAUCCAAGAAAGUUGAAAUCGUUGAGCAGAAAGAGCCCGAAAGGACUGUAAAACGAGUUAGUGGUAGACUUUUGAGGAGUCAACAGCCAACUCGGGUCACCACAAACGACGAUGACGCCGGUAAUGAGAGUGGCGUUGAUCCCGUCAAAGCAAAAGACGAGGCUCAGAGCAGCGCCAAACCGUUCAGUAGGAGAACCCGACGAACAAAGGAUGAUGAGGAGGACGAGACAGUAAGCAAAGAUUUGCCCGUCACCGAUGAAACAGAGCGCCCUGAGUCUGCUGAUGUUCCGCGUGACAUCUCAAAUACAGAAGAAAUGGAAGAUAAUGAAUCCGUAAGCAAUGAGAAGGAUGAUCUAUCAAAAGAAAGCGAGGAUGAUGACAACGAAAAUACACUCGUGUUUGAUAAAGACGGCAUCUCUGAUAAGGAAGUUGACAAGUUUGACGAGCUUCUGAACAAUAAAAAACAGUCCAAUGUAUGUAAGGAAAGUGUCGACAAAGAAGAUGUAAUUGAUACCAAGACAGUUGAUAAAUUAGCCAACUCUUCCAUCGCAAAGAAAAAGGCUCUUGUCAAAUCUGACAAGGAUGGCGAAUCGACUUCCAAUGUAGAACCUGAACAGGAAUCUGCUGAAGUGAAGUCUGACCAGGAAGAUUCUGAAGCCGAUGAACAGUUAAAGAAAACAAAGAACGAUAACAAAAAGAACUCUUAUGAACAGUUAAAGAAAACAAAGGAAGAGAACAAAAAGAACUCUGAUGAACAGUUAAAGAAAACAAAGGAAGAAAACAAAAAGAACACUGAUGAACAGUUAAAGAAAACAAAGGAAGAGAACAAAAGGAACUCUGAUGUUGGCGCAUCUUCUGAAUCUGACACGGAAAAGCCUGGUCCGCGACGCAGCCACCGCUCUUGUGCCCUUGAGGAAAAAACAUACACCGAGGCCUCUGUUAGCAAAAAACGCGAGCACAAGAAACGCUCUCAACCUUCAGACGAUGAGAAGAAGGAGCCCGAGAAGAGCAAGAAACGCACACGUUCCUGUACCGAAGAAGACAAGAAGAACGAAGGUUCAAGUAAGAAACGUUCACGUCGCGGUAAGGACGAGAAAACGGAUGAAGAGUGCGACGCCGACUCUGAAAGUGAUCCAGAUGAUCAGCUGAAGAGUCGAUCACCGCGCAAGAGUAAGAAAAAGAAAAGAGAUAUGAAGAGGAGCGAAGCAUCUGCUAGUGAAGAGGAAGAGGAGCAAGAGCAAGAUGAAGGAACUCGGCUUAGUCCGCGUGUGAGGAAAAGGAAGAAGUCCGGAGAAGAGGAGCGGAAGCGCAGCAGUAAGAAGAAGGGCAGUAAGAAAGACAAGUAUGCUGACAUGGAUAGCGAUGAGUAUGAGAAGAAAAAGAAAGCCUAUUUUAAAAGGGAGAUGAAAAAGAAGGAAAAUAAAGACUCUGAUGAAGAUAACAGUGACGGCAAAAGUGAUGAUGAUGCAAAGGAAGGAGGCGCGGCUGACGAUAAUAUUGACAAUACAGAUGAUGUUCUAGAAAAAACCUUGCAGUUGUUCAGUAAGGAUGAGGUCUGUGAUAACGAAAACGACCAGGACGAUAUUCCCGAGGAAGAUGAAGCUGUGAACAACAGAGAAAUCGCGGCUGAAAGUGAGGAAGAUUCCGACAAUUCUAAGGCUAGUAAUAAGCCAACAAAAGAGUCUGAGGCAGAUUCUGUCUCGAAAUCGAAGGCACCAGCAGUUGCUGAAGAUGAAAGUUUGUCGCAGAAAGAUGCUGGCGAAGAAAAUUCUCAAGCCAACGGAGAUGAUAAAAUAAAAUCAAGUAGUGAGACCGAUAAUGAAAGUGAAAACCCACCACUGAACAAUGACGUUGCCAAGGCUGCGUUGCUGGCUGAUAGUGACAGCGAUCCUGCAAGUUUAGUAUCGAAGGAUACUAAUUCAUCAACCAAAAAAAAGCCUAAAGAUAAGAAGAAGAAUACAGAAAACGAAGCUGCCAAGCAAGAACUUCUCGAUAGCGACAGCGACGAGAUAAUGAAAGAUAUCAUGACAGCAGUUACUGCUAAAAAGAGUGAUAAAGCCAAGAAACCUUCAAAGGAACAAGAUGAAUCGUCUAAGCAAAGCAAGUCAAAGAAUAAAAGUAAAGCUAAAGAAUCUGUUGGAAAGGAUAAGAAGUCAGGCAAUGACUCUGACAGUUCGCCCAGCAAAUCUAAGAAUAAAUCUGACAAGAAGGCAAAAACUGCCAACGAGGCUGCCCUUGCAGACUUACUCAAGAGUGACAGUGACUCUGAGGCGUCCCAGAAAUCCAGCAAGGACAAAAAAUCUCUCUUGGAAAAAUUGACUGGGAAAGCAAAAAUUGUUAAAAAACGUAAAGGUAAAGUGGGACCUAAGUGCAGCAAACCCAAGUCAGAUGGAGGCCAGGAGAGUGACGGAGAGCUGGAGAGACUUCGUGGCAAGCGGCAAUUGGAGGAGCAAAAACCCGUGGUGGAAGUGACUGCCCUGCACCCUGUGCUGCUGGAGACGCUCAAGAAGGAGGAGUCUGUGUCCGUGGAGGAGUGUGAGAAAUACCUCAAAGAUAUCAGAGCCAAAAAUGUUAGCAGUUCUAGUUCAUCUUCCGAUGAUGAUGAUGACCGCAGGAAAAAGAAGAAAGUUGCUCGCAGCGAUGAGGACUCUGAUGCUGAAUUCAAGUCACUCAUGAAAUUUCAACUCAAGAAAAAGUUUACUUCUAAGACUUCGACUGCAAGUGGAGAUAAUGACGAAGAUGAUGACAGUGAAGAAGAAGAGCUGAACAAUGAUAAAGAUGAGGAUAAAGAAAAAAGCGACAAAGACGACAAGAAAGAUGGAGAAAGUAAGGAGGCAAAGAGUAAAGUGAAUGGUAAGAAAGAAGGGUCUAAGAAAUCUAAAGAAGGAUUGCUGGACAUCAGUUUGAAUGAGGAGGCAGAAAAUGAAGAGGAGGAGGAAGAAGAGAAUGGAGAAGGAGAAAAGAAGACCAAGAAGGAGAGUAAGUCCGUUGGCGUGACGCUCAAUGAUAAGAUAAAGAAAACUCUUCUAAUGAGCAGUGAUGAGGAGGGAGCGGGUGGCAGCAAUAGCAGCGAAGACGCUGCUACCAAACGCGACCGCGAGUUGAUUGAGGAAGAAAAGAAGAAGAAAUAUGAGAAAAUGAAAGCAAAACAAAAGGAGAAAGAGCUCAAGGAGCAGGAAGCUGAAGAGAAUGAUGCCACAGAAAAUGAGAAUAAUAAGGAGGCAGACGAUGAAGCUGAGAAUGACAAGGUGAAGAAACCUGUCGGCAAGAAAGGUUACAUGUCAUUGAAAUUUUCCUCUGAUGAAGAUGAAGACGCUGAAAAAAGUGACGAUAAGGAAGCUGAUAAGAAGAAUAUUAAUGACGAUUCCGAAGACUCUGACGACUCUGAGAUGGAAUCGCCUCGUAAAUCUCGAAUGUUCAUUGACAGUGACUCUGACUUUGAAAUUUUUGAGCCAUCAAGCAGGAAGCGGAAAGCCAAAGAUCCAUCAUCAGAGUCGGAGGAUCUAUCCUCUGACAACAAGAAGAAGAAGAGGAAGCGUCUCAAGAAGACCAUGUCAUCUUCGUCUGAAGAAGACGGCGCUCAGGACGGUGACAAGAACGCUGACGAAGAAACACCCAGCAAGCGCAAGGUGCGGCGCAUCAUCAAAGACGCCGACCUCACCGAGAGCACGAAGAACGCCACGCAGCAAGAGGAGGAUCGACGUAGCAGAAUAAAGGAACGUCAGCAACUCUACAACAAGAUAUUUGAAAUCAACGUCGAGGCUGACCAGGGUGACGUCACCAAACUUGUGCUCGACUUCGAUCCUGAGACCAAAGAAGAGCUUGUCUCUGUCAACUCUAAGCUCGUGCCCUUGCUCAAACCCCAUCAGGUGAAGGGCAUCAAGUUCAUGUGGGAGGCGACGUGUGAGAGCCUCGAGCGCUGCGAGAAGGAGGCUGGCAGCGGGGCUAUCCUGGCGCACUGUAUGGGGCUCGGCAAGACCUUGCAGGUCAUCGUAUUCCUGCACACGUUGCUGACAUGCAAAGCUCUGCACAAGCAUAUGCGUCGAGUGCUCGUGCUGUGUCCAGUAAACACCGUGUACAAUUGGGUCUCCGAGUUCAAGAAGUGGCUUAAAGGGAAGCUCUUGCCAUUCGACGUCAUCGAGUUGAUCUCAGCCAAAGAUUUGUGGAACAGAGCUUACCGCCUCGACGAGUGGCACAAAGAGUCUGGAGUUUGUAUCAUGGGCUACGACAUGUUCAGGACUUUGUCCAAUGAGAAGAACAAGAAAUACAAGGGCAAGAUGAAGGAGAUAUUUCAAAAGACCUUGGUUAACCCAGGACCUGAUUUUGUCAUAUGUGACGAAGGACAUAUUCUGAAGAAUGAGAAGAGCGCCAUUUCUGUGGCCGUCAAUAAAAUGUCUACCAUGAGACGCGUGGUACUAACAGGCACACCCCUGCAGAACAACCUGAAGGAGUACCACUGCAUGAUACAGUUCGUGAAGCCCAACCUGCUGGGCACCCGCAAGGAGUUCCUCAACAGAUUCGUGAACCCCAUCAAUGCCGGGAGCUGUGCGGACGCGACCCCUCGUGAUGUGAAAAGGAUGAAGAGGAGGGCGCACAUCCUCCAUAACCUGCUCGAGGGCUGCGUUCAGCGGUUCGACUAUACGGUGCUGAAGCCUUUCUUACCGCCCAAAAUGGAGUACGUAAUCUCAGUACAGAUGUCAGAUCUGCAGUGCGAGCUUUAUUCUUACUACCUGGCAAACCUGGCACAAGGCGGCCCCAAGAGGGUGGGCUCAGGACUUUUUGUGGACUUUAACAACCUGAGUCGCGUGUGGACGCAUCCUAUGGUGCUGGCACUGCAAGCCAGACGCGCCAUGUUUGAUGAAGAUGAGGAGGAGCUUGACGACUUCAUUUGUGAUGAAACAACUUCAGAAUCUUCUGAUGAUGACAACCCCAGGAAGAAGAAGAAGAAGAAAAAUGUCAAAGAGUCCGAGGAGGAGGCAGUUAGUAGGCCUGAUAGUCCUGGUGAUGAUUUACCCGACGGUCUCACCCAGACGGGCAAAGUGCGGCCGGACUGGUGGAAGAAGAUCGUGGCAGUGUCAGUUGACUCUAACAUCGGAGAAGAUGAGUGGAUGAACCGCAUCGAAUUGAGCGGUAAACUCGUGCUACUGUUGAACAUCAUGCGUGAGUGCAGCAGCAUCGGCGACAAGGUUCUUGUGUUCAGCCAGAGCAUCCUGGCGCUGGACAUGAUAGAGGAGUUCUUGGCCUUGAUAGACCAAGGGCUUCUCGAGAUGCCAUCGUAUGAAGACGCCAUGCCGCUACAGUUUAAGCACUGGAAGAGGGAGAAAGAUUACCUCAGACUCGAUGGCAGCGUGUCUGCUGACAUCAGGAAAGCCCAGUGCAAGUUCUUCAAUGAAAAGGAUAAUGACAGGUGCCGACUCUUCCUUAUCUCCACUCGGGCUGGUGGCAUCGGCAUCAACCUCGUGGCCGCCAACAGAGUCAUUAUUUUCGACUCGUCGUGGAAUCCUGCCCACGACACGCAGUCCAUUUUCAGGGUCUAUCGCUUUGGCCAGACCAAGCCCAGCUACAUUUACAGAUUUGUUGCUCAGGGCACUAUGGAAGAGAAGAUCUACUCGCGGCAGGUAAACAAAAUCUCGACGUCUCUGCGGGUGGUGGACGAGCAUCAGAUCAAGCGCUACUUCAACACCACCGACCUCGCCGACCUCUACGAGUUCAACCCCGCAGAUGUGGAGUCCCGCGACACACCCAUCGUUCCAGAGGAUCGAUUACUGGCCGAGCUGAUCAUCCGGCAUAAGAACUGGAUUGUGGGCUACCACGAGCACGACUCGCUCCUCGAGAACCAAACUAAUGAGGAACUCAGCGAGGAGGAGCGCAAGGCUGCAUGGGAGGACUUUGAGAACGAGAAGAAGGGGCUGGUACCGCAAAUGGGCAACCGCGCAGUCAUGAAUUAUGGCAACAGCAACAUGCCCUUCCCUGCCUCCGUCCCGCCCUUCGAUAUCAACCAGGUCAUCCAAACCAUCUUCACCCAGAACCCGAACCUGACGCAGACCCAACUCCAAGAGAACGUCAUAAUGGCCACCAGACAAAUACAAAAAAUACACCUGAACCACUACCAGCGCAUUAGAACUUAUGUAUAUAACCUGAAGAACCCACUGCUUGGCCCGGAGGUACGAGCUCAACUGCCGUACGGGGAUCAGGUGAACUUGUUACCGAUGCUGGAGGCGCAGCUUGCGGUGCUCGAGGACAACAUCACCAAAGAAAAUCUCGUCAUCAACAAGAUGCAGCCAACCGUUGCGCCUUCAUCAUCUCAGCUCAUGGCGGCGGGUGUGGCGUAUGGGGCGCCAGCGCUGACGGGGGGCAGCCGGACCGAGCAGUUCAUUGACCGCAGUAAAGUCAUCCAGGCGAACAUGAUACAGAGGUCCUCCUCAAUGGUCACGCCCGCCAGUGUGGGGCGCAUGGACGGCGCAGGCGCGUCCACCAGCGCCGCCAACGCCGCGUCCUCCACCUCGCAGAUGAUCAGGGCGCAGCAACUCGCGCGCAAGGCGCAGAAAAUGCAAAAGCCAAAAAAACCUGGCAGCGCUGAAGUCGUAACUCUUGAAUAAGCACAUUUCUUCUAUCCUCAAAUGCGGCUCUUUUGAAACUUUUCUUCCCUUGAGAUUGUUUGCCAAGGAUUAUCGGAACCUGGCCUCGACCCAAGAACUGCAGUCAUGCCAGCCCGUUUCUCGCUGUAUUACCGAGUCAUGAUUACGAUGGUCGCAAGUUUGUUGCUAAUCUUAAGUUGUGAAAUAAUCGUUGAUUCAGAUCCCAGAAAUUAAAAUUUAGAGUUCCAUCGAAGUGGAGCAAUGGAGUAAUGGUCUCACCAUUAUUUUUAAGUUUGUAUGUACCAGCCUAAAGGUACGAUAAUCGAUGAUUAACUAGCCAAUAUUUGAAAAUUCUACUACUAAAAUAUUUACUAAAUAUAUAUUUAGUAAAUAUUUACUAAAAUAUUUAGAUGUCUAAUCGACAUUUGAUCUUCAUCAGACAAAAGAACAUUGACGUCGUUCCGUAAACCGGCUACUUCCUCAAUAAUCGGUGUUCAUUUCUUUCAAGGGUAUGAAUCUCUUCUACAUUCUAAGGAAAUUAUUUUCUGUAUGAACCCUGUCGUUUUUUGGUAUACUAACUUCUAGCGCUCGCCCCAAACAACGUUUCCAUUUCGAUGUGAUCUUUUGGUUGUGGUGUCGUCAUUGUUAGUGGUGAAACAUUGUGUUGGGGCGUAGGCAGUACAUUGACCUUGUAUCACCAAAAAUACAUGAUUUGAUCUUUGAUUCAUGUUGGACCUCUCCGGCAGUCCGGUCCGGACCUAGUGCAGUCAGAUGUUGUACGUCUCCGGUCUUAUUUUGUGCAGCCAAAGUUGCGGGCGCUAUACGAGUAUACAUACGUCAGUGUUAGAUAGAAGUCACUACUUUAUGAUGGAACUUACUUAUUAUACGUAGAAAGCAAGAGAAUUGCGUUUAUUGCUUAUUUAGUUUGAUGUCGUUAGACAUUUUUUCAGUUAACGUCUUUCUUAUAUUGACUAUGUAAAUAAUUGGACCUUCUAAAUGCUGGCGAGUUAUAGCACCUCUUCUCUCGUUGGUCAUUGAGGUCAACUUCUAUUGCGUUUUGUUUGGGCUGAACCCUCUGCCAUACUGGAUUACUCUGGGCAAGAGACGUCCAAGUAGAACUGAAUGCGUAGAAAAUGUAUACUCCUAAGUGUCAUUAGUUCUGUGAUGGAAGAUACGGAGUUACUUCAAGUCUUCUACUAACGAUCGGAAGAUACUCAAAAUUCUGCUCUCCGAGAUAUGUGGUGCCUCCAUGAACAUGAAUGUUGAAGGAUCUGUACCCUCUAACUUUUUGGUAUGCCUGUAUCAUAAUCUGAAACGGUAGGUAUGUCUAUUUAAACAUUCAUUAUUUAUUAUGCCUUAUUUAUAAGUUCCACGAAUCUGACCCGACUAUGUUGCGCUACUCAAGGUCCAUUAUGCAUGUGCAUAGCUUGGACGAUGUUAGGCUGACUUUUUUCUAUGAAUCUGCUUUGUAUUUGUUUUGCUUGUUUGAAUAUAUGUUCAACCUCAGUGGGAGAUCGUUUCUGUUGUAACGUGAGGAGGAGAUUAGGAAAACCCAGUUGGUUAAACAUCUUAGAGUGCUCCUCUGACCGUACUGUCCAUGACUUGAAAUUCCUAUUUCUGCUUUUGUCCAUUUAAUCAUCAAUAUUUUUAGUCUAGUAUAAAUGUAACUCAACUCUAAUUGAAUAUUGUUUCCUAUUUUAAAUUUAACAACAGAUAAAAUUAUAAAUGAAAGGCCAGUGCUCGUAUGCAUCAUUAGUUGGCUUCGUUCUUUGUACUGCACGCUGUCAUCAUACUUCCAAAAGUGUGUCGUUGGUUAGCUUCCCGCCUGUUUUUGACAGCUGUUAGUUAACUAUAGCUUCUCCAAAGUGAGUAAUCAUAAGUUAAAUAAGAGUAGGGUCUCCUAAGAAAACCUAAUUUUCCUCUGGAUAAUCUUUUUUCACAAUGAAGAAUCUAUAUAACUUUUCAACAGUUUCACGAGAACCCGACCAUACUGCGAUGUAUCGGCAGUCAGUGGCAUUGAUGGCUUCAUGUAUGCGCUAUUUUAUGCCUUGCCAUCUGGAAAGCAUUUCUCGUAUAUAUUCUAUAUUUUCUUGGGUAUAUGGCAGUCGUAUGUGCUAAAUAUUUUUUUUUGCCACUACUCGCUAAUUAGGUGUCGAAAUUUACAUAUAGUAUGUUCAUUUUUGAUAGCGGCUCAACAGGAUUGAAUAGAAUUGGCCUUGCCAAAAAUUCGCUAUAAUCCGCUUGUUGAAAUUACUUGAAUAUAUAAGAUAUGUAUUAUGUCAGACGUAUUUAAUACAUCGUUUAUAAGAUAUUUCUUCGUUGCUAAUUCAUGUGUAUUCUGCGUACUUGAAUAUUUUGCUGGUACUAAAAUAAUGGAGUGAUUAUCAUUGGACUUAACUGUGUAGGUGAAUAAUAUAGUUUGGUUAAUGAUCGAUGAUAAAAAAACUUCAUGCUAAUUGUGAAACUUAUGUACAUACUUUCCAUGGAAUUCCAUCGAUGUUUAGCUGUACUUCAAGUAUAAAUAAUGUACGUUCUGUACCACGUGACGUGUCUACGUGACAUGUCCACGUGAAUCUGUACUAGUAAACGUAUUCUCUCUUG